AUGAACUCAGUGCUUUCCCCUUCAGCUUCCCCCAAAGUCAGACGCAAGGGCUCAACUAGACGGGCUCGCACUGUCUCCCAUCUCCCGCCUUACAGUCCAGAGGCCCACGAUGCUGCGUUGUAUGCCAUCCGCAACUACCUCAAAGGCCGCAACUGCUACGACACCUUCCCCGUCAGCUUCCGCCUGAUUGUCCUAGAUUCAAAGCUGGAGGUGAGGAAAGCCCUAGCAUGCCUCCUAUCGAAUGGCGUCGUUUCCGCACCGCUGUGGAAUAGCGAACAGUCAUGUUUCGCUGGCAUGUUCACUGUCUCAGACAUUAUCCACCUCAUCCAAUACUACUGGCAAUUUUCUUCCUAUGACAAUGCCUCUCAGGACGUGGAGACGUUCCGGCUGGAGUCACUGCGAGGCAUGGCUUCUUUUACCCUUGGGGUAGCAACACCGCCUCUGCUACGAGACCAUCCAUCGUCGUCCUUGUACGACGCGGCGAAACUUUUGAUUCAGACUCAUGCUCGUCGUGUGCCCCUGCUAGACAACGACUCAGAUACUGGGCAUGAGGUCAUUGUGUCCAUCCUGACGCAGUAUCGCCUGCUGAAGUUCAUUUCUAUCAAUUGUCCGAAUCACAUCCAACAACUCCACAUAGGGCUGCGGAAGCUGAAUAUUGGGACAUACCGUUUUCGGCCCAUUGCGACGGCAACCAUGUCUACACCAGUCUUCGACGUCGUACACAUGUUCUCAGAGGAAGGCAUCUCGGCAGUCCCGAUCAUCGACGAAGAAGGCAUUGUGGUCAACCUGUACGAAACCGUCGACGUCAUUACGCUUGUUCGACUGGGUGCUUACCAGUCGCUCGACCUCACAGUUGGCGAAGCGUUGAACCAGCGGUCGCCGGACUUCCCAGGCGUUGUCAUUUGUACGGCGUCGGACUCGCUUGCUACGUUAAUGCAACUCAUCAAGAAGCGGCGAGUCCACAGGCUCGUCGUUGUAGAGGGUGAUGGCCGACUGCUUGGAAUUAUCACCCUCAGCGAUGUUCUCCGGUACAUCAUUGGGGAGACGGCUUUUGGCGAGAACAUGCUUUCUAGCCAAGUGACCCUCAGCGAAGAGAGGCGGCCAUCUGGAGACGCGGAACGGAGUGUCGAUCGGUCAGUCUCGCUAGAAGCCUCACAGGCAGAACUUCCAGCAGCGCAGAGCGCACCAGUAGAGCCAGAGGAGGUCCCACAUGCAGCCGAAGAGAAGAGGUCUUCUUCCACGGAAGGACAGGCCCUAGAGCCAGUGGACGAGCAUCCGGCGUGCGAGGAGGCCGCAGAGAAGGCAGGGGGAGCAGGUGAAAGCUGACCGCUGCGGGCGGAUGGUCGCGAUAUCUAGCCAACGUGUAGCCAUAUUUGAGUGAAUUGUCGCAAUUGUUUUGGAUGCAUGGACGGGAAUGUAGUGUACAGUAGCCAGUGGCGUUCUCCAUGCAGGUCAAUAUAGACGCAAUCAUCAACUUGA